AUGUCUUGGGCGGCAAAGAGAAAGACCACGCGGACUGAAGAUAUAGCCUACUGCCUACUUGGAAUCUUUGGCGUCAAUCUCCCAUUACUGUACGGCGAGGCUGAAAAGGCUUUCCAGCGACUUCAAGAGGAAAUAAUUCGUUCGAAAGCCGAUCUCAGUAUCUUUGCUUGGCAAUGCGUGCGGCCUCCAGGGGUUGACAGAUGGACGCUUACCGGUGUUCUCGCGCAUUCGCCAAAAGACUUUGUCAAUGGUCACAUCGUGCAACGCAUGUAUGGGAGGGAAGCUCACGAGUUCUCCUUUACCAACGUCGGCAUCAAAACGCGUCUGCGCAACCUUUGGGCUCAAGACUACGGCUGUGUUAUGCAGUUGAACAGCUUUUCAAUCGAAACGGGAAAGCACUUGGCGCUAAGACUGCGCAAAGUUGGUCCAGAAAUGUACCUGAGAGAGGGACCGUAUGAUCUUCUAGAGUAUGCUACUGGCGCCUUUCACGAGCGAAGAUCUGUCGAACGAUACCUCCUUACUGCCAUACCGGCAAUACCAAGAUUCUCGGAUUGGUUGGAUCCAUCGUUAGUCAAGAUGUGGCCAUCUGACCGAUGGGAUGAAGAAGAUCGGCUGUUCUUUGUCUCUGGCGAUUCUCGUUGGGAUUCGUUCCAGUUGAACCUGCGCUACGAACUCAUUUACGAUGCCAAGUCCCCUGACGGGACUGUCACUGAAGCUACCACAACCUUUAGCUUUACUCUGUAUGCGUUGGGAUGGUCUCAUAUACAACUUGACGCUGUAGAUCGUGCUUCAUUCGGUCUCGUAGACUGUCUAGAAUAUGGACCGACUGUGGACAAGAUUCAUCGGUGGAUUUUGGACGAGGAGCCGACCACAGCUUCCAUAUCCAAGUGGUUCGCGAAGGAAAAGAUGCCGAGAAACCAACUGAUACGCUACGAUAUACCUCAGUCCCCUCGUAGCCUGGUAAUAAAGAUUGAAAGCACGCUGGAUAACGUUGUCACUUUGACAGCAGAGGAGAUGCCUACUAUCAAUGCGCCAGAGCGCGUCACACAACAAUGGCCUGAGUUCAGGGACUACUAG